UUUAUGUCAAAUGUGCUUGUCGUGCUUCGUGCUUGUCAAGCGAAACCGGCAAACGGAGCAUUUCAAUAGAAUAAUUAGAAAAUAUUACUAGAAAAUAAGAUAGUAUUUAUAAAAUCAGAGCUAGCUCUGAAUUUCUAGACAGUAGAAAUGUAUUUUCGUGCAUUAUCCUUUUUGUUACUAAGUGCAAUAUCUAUAUGCCAUGGUAAUACACUGCAAGGCACUAUUGAUCUGAAGCGGCUACAAAACAUCCUGCAGGAAAAUGUGAAGAGUCAAGACAUUACAUCACUGUACUACUCGGUGAAAGGGCUGGCAGAGCUUAAUGCUGAUAUUCCAAAUAUCUGUGAAAUACUCAAAAACAUCAAGUAUGAUCCCAAAAACAUAGAACAAGUAUUCCAAGUGGCUAAUGCUGCUGCCAUAACCAGUUGCCAGAACUUUUUAAGGCCAGAAAUCUUGAGUCCUGCUACACAAACUCUGGACAAAAAGGAUGCCAGCAUUUCUGAUAUCUACCAUGCUGUUUUUACACUAAAGGCAUUUGGCAAGGGCACUGUCUAUGACAAAGAAGAUGCUCUAAAGAAUCUUAUUCAGUUGCUGAAGAAGGAUGAUUCUCCGGCCAACUACGGGUUCGUGUUUGCGCUGUGUGAGCACAUGGGGUGCGGCGCGUGGAGCGCGGCCCACGCCGAGGGCGUCUUGCUGGCGGCCGACGAGAGCGACGCGCGCGCCUUGCACUUCGACGGCGGCCUGCCCGUCACCGCCGCGCUGCUCGCCUCCAUACACAGGACCUACAAGAGCUUGAAGAAGCCCUCUCCUCUGACAGAGGAGCAGAGGUACAAGUUUGCCGAGUAUUUGCUGUCCAGACGAUCUGUCAACACUCCCAAAGGAGCCUGCUUGUUGAUCGAAGCGGCCAACGCACUCGCCGACGAUGAGCCGACUCCCAUAAGCAUCUCCAUUAAAGGCAAGAAGUUCAUCACGGCGGAGUCUGACAGCAUCGAGUUCUCGAUCACCGACCUCGUGGGCCGCCCGCUCAGGCUGCUGAAGCCCGAGGAAGUGGUCGCGCAGUCCGGCACGCGUCUUGCAGACGACGUCGUUGUACUAUCCAAACAGCCUUUGACACAGAAAGCCAAUGAACCGACAACUUUCGUCCUAAAUCUCAGCAAGAUAAAGGCUCAAUAUGGAUUGUACAAGAUCGCGUUGAGUGCUGGAUCUAAGACUACCAAUGUGAAUGUGGCGGUAUUGGGCGAGAUUCGCGUGAACACCGUGGAAGUCGGCGUCGGAGACGUGGACGGAACUACCAGCCCAAAGCUAACUACUGUCGCGUAUCCAAACAAAUUGACUGAAAAGCUUCAGGCUGACCAUUUACAAAAAGUGAGCCUGAAGUUCAGCGUGCGCGACAAGUACGACAAGGCCGUGCUGGUGCAGCAAGCCUUCGUGCGCGUGGGCGGCGCCGCCGGGGACGACGAGACCAUCUUCGUGGCCGAGCCCGACAACACAAAGGCGUACAAAGUCGAACUCAACGUGGGCGGCAUCGCUAAGCAUCUGAAGUAUGCGUCCGGCGCGUACUCGCUGACGAUAUACUUGGGAGACAGCGCCGUGUCCAACCCCAUCGCGUGGCCCGUCGGCGAGGUGGUGUUCAAGUUCGGGGCGGCGGCGGGCGGCGGCGAGGCGCGCGCGGCUCCCGGGCCCCGGCCCGAGCUGCGGCACUCGUUCCGCGCGGCCGAGGCGCGGCCGGCGCGCGCGCUGUCCGACGUGUUCGCGGCCGCCUGCGCCGCGCCGCUGCUGCUGCUGCUGCUGCUGUGGGCGCGCCUGGGCCUCAACCUCGCCCACUUCCCGCUCACGCUCAGCGCGCUCGUCUUCCACGUCGCGCUCGGAGCGUCGCUGGCCGUGUACGGCGUGCUGUGGCUGCGCCUGUCCAUGUUCGAGUCGGCGCGCUACCUGCUGCCGCUGGCGGCGCUGACCUUCGUGUCGGGCCACCGCCUGCUGCGCCGCCUGGCGCGCGACAAGCAGGCGCGCUAGUGUGUGCUCGCUCGACACCUGUGCGCGCUGCCUGGGAAAUUGAUUUAUUUUCUUUUGUUAUUACAUUUAUUUGUACAGUUUUCGAACAUUUUCACACAACUUCUGUCGUGAUCCGACGACUACUGUCUCGUGUGACCAGGGCGGUCACUCGAGACCGUGGUCGUCGGUCUCCGCUUACUUGUAAUGAAUAAGUAAUAAAUGAUUCGUUGAAUGUCCGCAUUACAAUGCAAAUUACAAGUAUGUUCUCUGUAAGUAAAAUAUUUGCUCGUAGUGGGCGGUGUGAGAGUUGUCGUCAUUUACUUAAUAUUCGUGCGACAUGGUUAUUUAGGAGUUCUGCUGAAUUUACUACUAGUUAAACUUAUUUUAUUAAUUCCCCAAUUCAGCAGGACUCCUCAAUUACCCCAUCAAUUCAUACAACAAUAAUUUAAUAAAAUUAAUAUGUAAAUA